AAACACACCAUGUCUGAAGCUUCUAUUAUCACCAUUCCCUCCGAAACUUUCACAUGCAACAUUGUGCCGUGCCAGAUCCAGUACACGGGCGAAGCCGACCAUGCGUUGCUCACCACGUCGCGCGAAGAGAGCCGGAUAACGGCCGAGAAUGAAACGCUAAACAAGGCUGGUACCGCCUCCAUUGAUGACGUGGUUUAUCUCCGUGGCCGCAAGCUUUUGGGGAAACGGGUAGAUAUGGGUAGUUAUGAGGGCCACAUCCUCCAGAGGGAGGAGACUCUUGCUGAAGAAGGCUUAUCCUCACGGUACACAUCGGUUGGCAGGUUUGACAGGAUGGUGUUGUUUGCGCACGAGCAGGUUCCAGAUCUUCUCAACUGCCAGUGGGGGAAUUUGGCCGAAAUGGCCCAGGCUGCUGACAUUAUCCAUGGAUAGAGAUUUGACUUUCCUAUGGUUCAUGAUCGUGACGAUGAAUAGAGGUGUACAACUACCACUGAUUUACCCAGAAUGGGUAAGACCGUGUUUCGGCCAUAUCACCAGUGAGAGACAGGCGAAACAGUUUCAAUUCAUUUCCUCCCACCGUUUCGCCUUCCCCACUGCAUCUUGAAAUAGACUGGCUAUGUAAGGAAUGUGAAUUGAUCUCUAUCCCGUACGGUGCACCUACCCUUACAAAUAUUUUGUAUAUUCAUAUUCCAACUUUACCCAAAAUAGAAUCAUCAAUAACUGGUAUAACUAAGUGUUUUAAACUUGUUUUUUGUCCAACAGAGUCAGAG